UUAUCUAACAGAAGAGUUCCUCUAAAAGGGAGGUAAUUCAAAUUUGUGUUAUGAAAAUGUCUUCGUCGAGAACACAGGCUGUGCUUGCAGCGAUACCAAAACUUAUUAAACACAGACCAAGUUGCUUGGUUAGAGCCUCACAACACAGAAACUACAGUCAGAGCUCAGCUGCAAAGACAACAGAGGCUACUGCAGAGAAAUGGGGACUAGCAGGGGCACUAUACCUAGAGAGACUGCCGGUUAUUACCCCAAAAAUGACCAGGCUCGAACAAGAAUACAAAGAGUACAAGUUACAACAAGAAGUUGAACAAAGUCUGCUCUCGGAGUAUGAGAUUACUAAAAAGGAAGAAGAAGAAAGACUAGCAAUACAGAAGAAGAAUGUUUUAGAUACCCCACUCCAUCUCAGAAACAUACCCAUACAAACUAUGCAGGAUAAAGAAGAGCUUUGGAGCAAGGAACUAGCUCAGUUUACACCUGCAGAUAGAGAGACUGAGGCUGACAAGAGUAAUGAUAUGAGGUCGACAGACAGAAAGCUGGACCAGUCACUCGUUCUCUUACUGAAGCAGGUCGUAGAUGGAAAAGAGUGGUGGUAUUUACCCACCAUGAAUUACACACCGGGCCUUUCCAUGAGAGAAGUGGCAGAACAGGCCCUCACCAGUAACUGUGGAACCGACUUAAAAUUCCGAGUUUUUGGGAACGCCCCAAGUGGUUACCAGAUCAAGAAUUACGGAAGAGAAAAGAGGGAAGAAACUAAAUUAAAUGGUCACAAAAUCUUCAUCUAUAAGGCCGAAUACAGAGGUGGUCCAGUGAUUCCAGAUGAGGAUAAUAGUGUAUUGGAUUAUGCCUGGGUGACACCCAAGGAAUUAAGACAGUAUCUUGGUCGAACAACUUCUCGAGUGUUAAAUAAGUUUAUCAUUUAUUAAUAGAAUAAAUUCAUGUAAAUAUU